GUGACUCGUGCGUCUGUCUGUGUGGCUGGAGCGGCACUGCAGAGGAUUUGCUGCGUGUUGUUUUUCCAACAGCGCGCCGACACCCUUGGAGCAGUCAGUGUGGCAAAACGAAUUCCAGCCGUUAUUACAGUUAAACCCAUCGGGACGUUAGCAACAACAACCCAUACGCAAGAAAUAUGAGUCACGAAUGAGGUCCACAGGAUGUCGUUCAAGAAGGAGACGCCCCUGGCUAACGCUGUGUUUUGGGCAGCUCGGAAGGGGAACUUGGCCCUGCUUCAGUUACUGCUCAACAGUGGCCGUGUGGAUGCCGACUGCAGAGACAGUGUACGGACGCUGCAUGCCCUGGCGGCUCAGCUGCACGCUUUACCCAUAAACCACCUGUGUUCCGCACCACAGCCCUGAUGGUGGCGUCCUACAAUGGCCACAGUGACUGUGCCAGGGAGCUGAUCAUGCAGGGAGCUGACAUUAACCUGCAGAGAGAGACAGGCUCCACUGCCCUCUUCUUCGCUUCCCAGCAGGGACACAAUGAAGUAGUAAAGCUCCUCUUUGAAUUUGGUGCCUCAACUGAAUUCCAGACAAAGGACGGUGGCACAGCCCUCUCUGCAGCCUGUCAGUAUGGCCACUCUAAGGUUGUAGACACUCUUUUGAAGAAUGGAGCCAAUGUUCAUGACCAGCUGCAUGAUGGUGCCACCCCACUCUUCCUUGCUUCCCAGGAGGGUCAUGUGACUGUCAUACGUCAACUGCUGUCAUCUGGAGCCAAAGUUAACCACCCCAGGGAGGAUGGCACAGCCCCCCUGUGGAUGGCAGCCCAGAUGGGACACAGUGAAGUAGUGAAGGUUUUACUUCUGCGUGGUGCAGAUCGGGAUGCUGACAGAAAAGACGGGUCAACUGCAUUAUUCAAGGCAGCUUUCAAAGGACACAACAGUGUCAUUGAGGAGCUCCUCAAGUUUUCCCCUUCAAUGGGCCUUCUCAAGAAUGGUUCCACAGUCCUCCACGCUGCUGUCAUGGGUGGCAAUCAUAAAAGUGUAAACCUUCUGCUCGGGGCCAAUGCAGACCCAACACUACCCAACAAGAACAAUGAACUGCCAGCAGAUCUUACAAAGAGUGAUCGCAUCCUGAGUGCUCUGCGACCACAAAUCUUAAAUGGAAGUAGUUGAUGACAAUCCUAGUUCCCACCUUAGACCAUGGUUGUUUUAUGGAGAGAAAUGCACUGAGGGCUCCGAACAACAGAGAACAAACAAACAGGAUUCAGUCACACUACAAUACCUAUAUGGUGCUUGCUUUCAAUUGCAGCUUCAGAAAAUACAAUGCUAUUUGGAGUAACCGUAACUGGACAUAUCUAAGACGAUGGUUCAAUAUGUAGCCUACUACCAAAAUGCAUCCGUUUGUGGCUAGAGUUAUUUUGCCAUGUACAUCCUUUCCUUUGAGGUGUUGUUCUAACUUUGCUGUAUAGUUUUAGUUUCUAAAAAUAUUGUAUCCCUGGUGCUGUGAUAUUUCUAAAUAUUUUGCAAUUUUUUAUUUCUGCAAUUUUAAUAAAUGCAAUACUGUACAUUGGGUUAAAUAAAAGGUGAAUGUGGAAGAAAAAAAAACAUUUCUCCUGUGACCAAGUCAAUAACAUGUGGUAUAAUAACAAGUCACUAGAGGUCAGUGUACUUACCGUUGGUAUCUACGAUCUAUAUAAACUCUGGAUACUUAGAUGCUCAGUUUGGCCAUUGAGAGACUUUGAAGCCACCGGUCGGCCAUAUUGGCACUCUCCAGUAGGAGCAGUCCUCCAUAGCAAUGAAUGGAAUUCUACGGUAUUUCAAUUAAAUGUUUCAAGGACAAAAUUACAUGUAUUUAAGCAUUUUUUUGUUGUAGUGGGGACAGUAACAUUAGUCAUCUCAAAAAAUUAUACAACCAAUGUUUUUAGAUAUUUUAAAUGUUUAUGUUUAGCUCACAUAAUAUAAUUUAAAAGUAUGCGUUAAGGUGUCUGUAAUAGAGUAAAUGUGGCAAAAACGAAUGUAGACGUUAAUUAAUGAAUGUGUUUAUAUAGCUUCCCCAAAAAAAUUACCACAGUGGGGAGUGCCAAGAUGGAGGCGCGGCGGCUUCAUCACAGCGCCCUUUAAUAGUCAUCUAGUGUAUAUAUAAAUUACCAAUAAACUGAAUCCAUGCA